AUGGCUCCAGACACAAUCCACCACAUCAACUCUGCCGACGAGCUCACGGCGCUGCUCCAAAACACGACGUACGUCGCCGUCGACUUUUACGCAGACUGGUGCCCUCCCUGCAAGGCCAUCGCACCCGUCUUUGAAUCUCUGGCCGCCAAGCACGCCAAGCCGCAAUUCCUCGCGUUCGCAAAGGUUAACGUCGACCACGUCGCCAGUGUCGCGCAAACCUACCACAUCACCGCCAUGCCCACAUUUCUCUUCUUGAAGGACGGCAAGCAGGUGGCUGUCAACGGAGACGCCGUCAUCCAGGGUGCCGACCCCCGCAAGCUGGGCGCUGCCGUGGAGAAGCUCGGAGACCUCGCCGAGAAGCGUGCCGAGGAGACCAAGUCUGCGGACUAG